AAUAUUCGCGUUCACGUGCGUGAGUAUCCUCUUCGUCUCGUCCAUUGGAAAAAAAGAUUGUCACGCGAUAAAGUCGAAGCAUAGAAACAAGUGAAGUUUAAACCGGUGCUAGCUAUUAUAAUAACUAUGUUCGGGCGUGUGUUUAUGUCAAAUUAUCGUAAUAUUUCGCUUCUAUCCAGGGUAUGGAACGGGCCGAACAGCGCAUUGGCUGGCAAACAAGCUGAACAAAAAAUGAUAACAAUUUUAAGGGAUAAGUUUCCGAAAGCUAAACUCAUCGAGGUGAACGAUAUGUCAGGGGGAUGCGGAGCAAUGUUUGAGAUAAACGUUAUCGCGCCUGAAUUCAAAGGACUGAAUACUAUCAAACAACAUAGGCUGAUUAACGAAGCACUUAAGGACGAGAUCAAGGAUAUGCAUGGAGUGAGAAUAUAUACGGGCGUUCCUGAAUAAUUCUUCAUUUUGCGAUUAAACCAUGUGAAGCUUUGUAAAUUUUGCAUACAUACGAAAUCCUAUCCAAUAAAUAUAGAUCUUAAUGUUAGAACUUUAAUAUUUUUUCGAAUGUACGAUUUUAGAACUUUUAUUUGUAUCAUAAAUAUAUCUAUUCGCUGUGAA